GAAAACCGGCCUAAAUGUCGAUGGUUAAAACAGAUACCGACAUAUCGUCGGUAAUUCAAGAUGGCAACCGCUCAGUGAAGUGUAAAUUUACAGUUCUGUUGCACACGUGCUACGUAAUUGUUGAUUAUUGACGAUGUUUUCUCGAUUUUGCAACUUGUGUCAUCAAACUACGAAAGUUCAGUUCGUAAAUUUGCAGAGAUGCUAUAGGAAAGGUUUUAAUAACAAAAAGAAAAGUAAAGUGACCAGUAUUAAGUUACCAGAAAAGACCGAAAACAGAACACCUAUCAUUGCCUGCAGGAGAAAGGAAUUCAACUUUUACAAGGGACAAACAUAUUCUAAGUUUGAGCCUAUAUCGCUGGUUACCAAAGGAUGGCAUCAUUAUAAAUCCAAAGGGGAUUACUUCUUUAUACAUCCUCUUGAAGAUGUAGAAACGGAAGCAUAUGGUAAAAUAGAUUCUUUUGAGGACUUCGGGUUAAAUUUGAAACUGAUAGAUAUUUUAGAAAGAUAUAGCAUUACAAGGCCUCUAAAGAUACAGAUAAAUGGAAUACCCAAAAUAAUGAAUGGUGCAAACACUAUCAUAACAGCAGAAACUGGUUGUGGAAAAACGUUGACUUAUCUCCUGCCUAUGAUACAUAAGAUUCUAACAUGGAAAACAUUGAAGGAGAGAUCGUACAAUACCCCAUUGGGACUGAUCGUAACACCCACACGAGAAUUAGCAUUUCAAAUUGGGCUGGAAGUAGAAAAGAUAUGUCAAUAUCUUAACAUCAUUACAAAGACUAUUACUGGUGGAAAGACAAAAAAGAUAUUGUUAGAUCCUCCCGUAGGGUAUGUCGAUAUCAUUGUGGCUAGUUUUGGAGUUAUCAGUAAGUUAACCUCAAACAAUGUUUACGAUCUAAACAUGGUCAGGCACAUUGUAUUGGAUGAAGCAGAUGCAUUAUUCGACGAGACGUUUGAAGAUAAGCUGCAAGUGUUCUUGAAAAAAGUGCCGGUCGGCUUUGUGCAAAAUAUAGAUAAUGCUGAGUUUCCGAGCAGUGCCCAAUUCACGCUAACGUCCGCAACUAUGCCUGGCAGAACGUCCGAAGUUCUGGGUAAUAUUGUAAACGUGGAAUCUUUAGUACAGGUGACUUCAGACAAACUGCAUCACGUUCUCGUGCCACAAAAGUUUAUGAGAAUUGGGCCAAGCGACAAACCGAGGGAGCUUUUGAAGUAUAUCAAGCCGAAGGUAGCGAACAAGGAGCCGGUGAUCAUAUUCACCAACAGCAGUCGCACUUGCAAUUGGGUCGACAUGUUCUUGUCCAACAGUAACAUAGAAUCGGUUCACUUGCACGGUACCAUGCCCGUGUAUAUGAGAAGCAACAAGUAUGCCAACUUCAAGAGUGGUAGGUGCAACGUGUUGUGCACCACCAACGCGGGCUCCCGAGGUUUGGACACGGUAUCGGUACGCCACGUGUUGAACUACGAAUUUCCGUUCGAUACCGCUGAUUACAUACACAGAUGCGGUAGAACCGGAAGAAUUGGCAGCAACAAGCACUGCAGGGUGACGAAUUUUGUGAGCACUAUGGCGGAAAUCGGCCUGGUGCGGAAGAUAGAGUGGGCGACGCGGAAAAUGAAACCUAUACCGAUCUGCAAUAUUUACGAUUCGCAGAAAAACGAUAUUUCCGAAGAGCCGCUGGACUUGAACGCCGACGAUACGAAUGUCCAGGAGGAGGAGGAAUUGAGCCCAAUGCCCUUUAAUGUACCAUAUUAGAGUAUCGUGCAAAUAAAAUGUCUCCACUCGUUUAA